CCAAGUGUAAAAACACCUCUAUUAUCUAUAUAGAACCCCGGAUACUAAAGAAGUAGUAGUCAAGGAUAAAUAACCCCUAGUUCCAUCUUGACCGCCAAUCUGAGGUCAAAGGUGAAGAUCCAGUGAAGCAAGAUCUCUUCGACUACCCAAGGCAGUAAUCCCAUUGCCCAACCCUUUAGAACGGAAUGUCUCAAGCUGUGCCUCCAACUGUGAGACCGCUGACGUAUGUAAAUUGAUCAACACCAUCUACUGUAGACCGUUUGACGUAUAUCCAUGGACCUAUGAUAUCCUCAUUAUAAACUCUUCACGGGAAUAUUCUCUCUGUUCUCUCUGAUCCGAGUGUAGCAUCGCUUUGAAAGAUCGCCAGCUCGAAAUCUGGCGCUUAGCGGGUCCUGAUCCUUGAAACAACGUGUACAUAAAGAAAGCUGCCGAGAUCAUCGUUUAUAACUCGGGAUUGGUACCGAAGUUCGAUGAAAGAUUAACUAGGUCGUUAACCAUUGCUUCAAUUCUGCCGUUUUGCAUCCACAUCCAAGCUCAGAUCAACUACCGCUCCGCUCUACUAGUAUCUGCUAUCUACCUACACUACAUGCAGGUCCCGCGGCCAUGUUAAAAGGACCUUCCGCCAACCUGAGGGGUGUCGUGCUAGUGGCCCCCUGGGUCGUUUACCUUGCGGUGUGCGAUGUAGUGCUGUCUCUACUGCUGGUAGUGAAGAUAUUCGCACCGGAUUUUGUCUACAGCGCAUCAUGCCGCAUUGCAUACUCCGUGUGGAAGUGGAUCCAGUUUAUCUUUGAGAAUUGCAACGGUGCUCGGAUCACCAUCUCAGGAGACCGAUUGCCCACCAAGGAGUCGGCUGUUGUCGUCUCGAAUCAUGUUACGUGGGCCGACUUUUACCUGAUCCAAAGCCUGGCCCUGCGAUCGGAGAUGUUGGGGCAAUGCCGAUGGUUUGCGAAGAUCCAACUGCGCUGGGUCCCCUUUCUGGGAUGGGGCCUCUGGGCCAUGGGUAUGCCGAUGGUGACCCGGAAUUGGAUGCGAGACCAGCGUGAGCUACAGCGCGUCUUCGGUGGUAUCGUACGUAGGAGAUGGCCGAUGUGGCUGAUAAGUUUCAGCGAGGCAACACGAUUUACCCCCAAGAAGUAUAACGAAUCUAUUGUUUGGUGCAAACAGAAUGGUCGCCCGCAGCCCUUGCAUUUGCUAUAUCCCCGUACUAAGGGGUUUGUCACCACCGUGCAGCAGUUAAGAGCAGCACCUCAUGUCAAAGCAGUGUAUGACUUUACCAUUGCGUAUCAGCACAAAGACAAGUUUCAUGCGGCCCCAAAUAUGUGGGAAACUCUUAAGCUCCCGGACCUUAGUGGUUCUCGAGGGUAUAAAUUCCACAUUCAUGUACGGCGAUUCCCCCUUGAAGACCUCCCCUAUACGGACGAAGACCUAGCAAAGUGGUUGGAACAAAGAUGGAUUGAGAAAGGGGAAUGGCUAGAUGCCCUGAAGACCGAAUGGGCCUCUCGAUAGAGAAAAGCAUGUGAAUUUGGCAGCCCUUGCCAGGUUCAAGUAGUAGUUUAAGGUCACGUUUAUAAUAUUAGAAUAUUCAAGCCGCGUUGGAGAAGGCAAGGACUUUAGCAACCAGUCUUGGCACCAUUCACCGAUUACCCUUUGCGUAUGACUAUGUGAUAGUUUGGAGGACGGUCUGUGUAAUUACUUGCGUCACGAGUGUGCUAGAUGCCAUUGUGUGCCAUCUUGCUGUAAGGAGCUAUCGUACAUCUCAAGGGUGUGUUCGGUUCAUGUAAGACAUAAGUACAUAGGUAGCUGUGCUAAUAGUUAUGGUAGAUACAGCCAGCGGGCCUACGUAGAGC